AUGACGGCCGUUGAAGAACAGAAACACCUAUCCGCCUCCUCAGUCGACAGCGAGAGCGACGAGGAGUGCCCGAAGCUUGAGGAAGUGAACCAGGAGGAAGACGCUGGAACCCCGGAGGGACGGAGCAAACAGAGCCGCAACGAAAAGAAGGCGAGAAAGGCCGUUCUUCGCCACGGCAUGAAACACAUGCCCGGAGUCGUCCGUGUGAUGAUCCGCAAGAGCAAGCACAUUCUCUUCGUCGUCCCCAAGCCGGAUGUGUACAAGAGCUUGGCGUCCGACACCUACGUCAUUUUCGGAGAGGCGAAGAUCGAGGAUCUGAACAGCCAGGCCCAUUCCGCCGCCGCUCAACGCUUCACGCAGGCUUCGAACGCGCAGUUCCCCUUCAACGGCGCGGCGAGCGCUCCGGCUGAGGCGAAGGAAGAGGCGGAAGGCGAGGUGGACGAGACUGGCGUCGAUCCGAAAGACGUGGACCUCGUCAUGAGUCAAGUUGAGUGCUCGCGCGCGCGCGCCGUCGCAGCUUUGAAGGCCAACAACAACGACAUCAUCGAGGCGAUCAUGGAGCUCAGCGCUAACUGA